AUGGGACUCAGCUCGAUCGUUCGUUUACCGGGUACCUCUUCCGGAUCGGCGGAGAAUCCUCGCAAGUCGAGUGAGGAGGUCGAUCGUGCGCCUGAAGGGGCGGGUGAGGAUGAUACAGAGUCAGUUAUAGGUCCAGGACUGUUGGACAAGGAGGAGAUCUUUCACGCUGGCUGGCGAGGUGGUGCCCGCCUGCCUGCACGGGUGCGCCUGCGCGUCAUCGAAGCCACCGGCGGCCCGUGAUUCAGGCGCCGCGUUCAACAAGAAGUCUUGGGGCUAAGCGAAAAGUGAGAUGCUGAUGAAUUGAGACGUUCGAUGCAGGGUCCUGGACGAGGAGCCCAAGAACAGUGAGUGGUCGUGACAGUCCACCCUGUGCAAAGGCCGAGCUGGCCUGUCGGCUCGGGUCUGUGGCGAGCAAGAGCACAUCAUCAUCGGCGCUGCGCUACAACGUGGGGCCGCACGAUCGCCUGGAGGACAGUGGAGCAUGAGCGAUCGUUGGCGUGUCUCGUUGCACUCGAUCGUUCUGUGCUCGAGUGUGGGAACGAAGGGACGAAGGCGUGUCGGGCUCAACUCGACCGCAACCACGAACUGGCACGACUGACUCAUUUAUCGCCGGGGAACGCUGAUCAUGGCUCUCACAUGUCACGACUUGCAGUGCUCUUGGCCCUCGUCUCGCAGCUGCGUAUCGGUAUGGAUUUGAGCAAGAUCACUCUACCUGUGUAGGUGACCCCACCGCGCUUCUGCCGUGAUGAACAGCGCAAUCGUUUCCUGAGGUCACCGCACCCGGCGCGGCCCACGCUUGGCUUGCGCGCUCCCGCGCCGGCGGCGAUUCAGAAUAUUCAGACGAGCGCGCCGUCGUCGUUGGCUUAUCACGCUCGGUCCGGCGCCAGCCCGCCGCGCGUAUGCGGGCGACCGACGUGCACCACCCACCCCCACACGCGAUCGAGCGAUUGCCUUUUCCUUGUGCAGAGCCAACAGCUCCGACGUAGGCGCCCCAGUGCACCGAAAAAAGAAAAAGAAAAAACUGACCCACCAACCCGCCUCUCUCUCUUGGAUCCUGUAGAUUCGUGCUGGAGCCGAGAUCUAUGCUGGAAAGGGUCACGGAUUUCCACUCGCACCCUGAACUGCUCCACGGGUACGCGUCGUUUCUCUCGGCGACUCUUCAUCGGCGGCGCGCUUCGGCGAUCAACCUCGAAGGUAGACAGAGACACAGGGCUAAUUGGAUCUGUCCUUCUCAAACUUUUCGAUACAGCGUCGACAAAAUCGACUCACCCGAAGACCGAUUCAUCCAGGUGCUCCGAUACUAUCUGGGCGGCUGGCACAUCAAGCCCAGGGGGGUCAAGAAGCCGUAAGUGUACCCACACUUUGAAGAGCGAUUGGCGCGGCCAACUCACCUCUGUAAUACUGCGGGAGGACUUGCAGAUACAACCCCGUUCUUGGCGAAUUCUUCCGAUGCCGUUACGACUACCCCGAUGGGACGGCGGCCUACUACGUCGCCGAACAGGUCUCGCAUCACCCUCCCAUCUCCGCUUGGUGCGUUCCCAAUUCCUCGAUCGCGUUCAAACGAAAUGCUAUUUGCUCAAACCUGGGUCACCUCGACAGGUACUUUUCUUCCCCCGAGAACGGACUCGACAUUUGCGGCGAGCUGCGACCAAAGUCAAAGUUCCUCGGGAAUUCCGCUGCGACAAGUGAGUCUGUGCGAUCUCCCAUCAGCCUCUGGCUGAGAUGGGGAAGAAGGCUGACUUGGACUGGGUUGUACGCUCACUAGUCAUGGAGGGUGAGACGCACGUGAUACUUAUGAACAAACGAGAGGACGGAGAGUAUCAUAUCACCAUGCCCAACAUGUGAGCAUGGGUCGCUCUUUGCAGAGGGGCGAGGGGCCAUUGUACUGAUCUUUCCUGAGCUUCCGAUGCAUCACAAGGUACGCUCGUGGAAUUCUGUUUGGCAAGGUGAGAUCGGAAUGGACCCUCUCCGUCAAGGAUGAGGUAGGGAUCUGGUACUGAUCGUACCGCAAGCCGUGUGUGAAAAUAGAUGGUAUUGGAGCUCGGCGAUACCUCGAUCGUCAAGAACGAAGAGAACGACAUCACGUGCGACGUCGAGUUCAAAACCAAAGGCUUCUUCUCCGGAACAUGUGCGUACGAGCCGUAGCCGUCUUUGAGCUCCACCGUCUAGUAGACUGAUCUUUGAGCAAAUCAUUUGCGCACAGACAACGCGAUUGCGGGCAAAAUUAAAGGGCCCAAGGGAGAGAUUGGCGAGAUCUCGGGCACGUGGAAUGAGAAGAUGGACAUUCACCGGAAGGGCUUCAAGGGCAAGGAAACGUUGUUCGAUGCGAGUACGGCCAAGAUUACGCAGAAGGUUGUCGCGCCGGAGGAUAAACAGUCCGAGAACGAGUCACGGAGGUAGGUCUUGGCGGAGAGUUGAGAGGGCUAUGAGUUCUCGAACUAAUGGAAGGGCUUGUGAACUGGCUUUUGGCAGACUCUGGAGCAAAGUGACGGCCGCGAUCAAGAAGAGCGACCUCGACGCCGCGACGGACGCCAAGACUGUGAUCGAGGACGCGCAACGCGAAGCCGUCAGGAGGCGCGAGGAGGAAGGUGCGACAUUCAAACCGCGCUUCUUUGAACUGACGGGCGAGAACGAGUACCGACCCAUCUUCAAGGUGCCGAUCGACAAGUCCGCCAAGGAGCAACGACAAGCCGUGAGGGACUUUAUUUAUGGUGACGACUUUGAACCGGAGACCAAGUAA